CAGCAGAAGCAGCAGUGGGCAAAGAGAUGUGAUGGGCACUGCUUCCUUGUGGGUUAUGUCUGCGGCUGCCUCCAUGGGGCUGCCUGGGUUCUGGCUACUCAUAGUUAUCGCCCUCAUUCCGGAGAAUGCUGAUGCUUCAUGCUGUUACCAAGCAAAAGAUAAUUUAAUGUGCCGUGAUGUUUGUGAACAGAUCUUGUCUUCCAAAAGUGAGUCUCGCCUAAAACAUCUGUUGCAGAGGGCGCCUGAUUACUGUCCACUCUCUGUGACAGAAGUUUGGAAUUGCAUGAAUUCUUCAUUACCUGGAGUUUCCAAGAAAUCUGAUGGCUGGGUUGGUCUUGGGUGCUGUGAGCUUGCGAUAGCUGCUGAGUGCCGACGAGCCUGUAAACAGGCUUCUUCAACAAAUGAUAUUUUGAAAGUUUGUAGGAAACAAUAUGAGAAUACACUUAUUAGCUGCAUUAACAGAAAUGAAAUGGGCUCAGUUUGCUGUAGCUAUGCCGGUCGCCACACUAACUGUCGGGAGUACUGUCAAGCUAUAUUCCGUACUGAUUCCUCUCCAGGACCAUCUCAGAUCAAAGCAGUUGAAAAUUACUGUUCUUCUAUCAGUCCUCAACUUGUCCAAUGUGUGAACAACUACACACAGUCAUAUCCAAUGAGAAACCCUGUAGACAGUCUGUACUGUUGUGACAGAGCUGAGGAUCAUGGGUGCCAAACAGCGUGUAAAAGGAUUCUCAUGUCCAAGAAAACAGAACAUGAGAUAAUUGACAGCAUUAUUGAGGGGUGUAAAACAGUUCCUCUGCCCCAGGAUCCUCUCUGGCAGUGUUUCUUGGAGAGUUCAAGGUCAGCUCAUCCUGGAGUUACCAUUGCCCCUCCUCCUUCCACAGGGCUCGAUGGGGCUAAACUACAUUGCUGUUCAAAGGCAAAUUCCUCCAUAUGUAGAGAGUUGUGCACUAAAUUGUACAGCACGAGUUGGGGGAACACACAUAGCUGGCAAGAGUUUGACCUUACUUGUGAAUACAACCCACUUGAGGCACCAAUGCUGACCUGCUUAGCAGAUGUUAGAGAACCUUGUCAACUCGGCUGUCGGAACCUCACAUACUGUACCAACUUCAACAACAGGCCCACUGAACUGUUCAGGAGCUGCAAUGCUCAGUCUGACCUAGGAGCAAUGAAUGACAUGAAGUUGUGGGAGAAAGGAAGCAUCAAAAUGCCUUUUAUGAAUAUUCCUGUUCUUGAUAUUAGGAAAUGCCAUCCUGAUAUGUGGAAGGCGAUUGCUUGCUCUCUGCAAAUUAAACCGUGCCACAGUAAAUCUAGAGGAAGUAUUAUUUGCAAAACAGAUUGUGUGGAAAUACUUAAAAAAUGUGGUGAUCACAGCAAGUUCCCAGAGAGUCACACAGCAGAAAGCAUUUGCGAGUUACUUUCUUCCACUGAUGAUACUGAUGAUUGCAUCCCACUGGACACCUACCUUCGGUCCAGCCCAUUGGAUAAUACUGUAGAAGAAGUCACACAUCCUUGCAAUCCUAACCCUUGUCUAGCCAAUCAGUUAUGUGAAGUGAACAGAAAAGGAUGUCUUCCUGGAGAGCCCUGCCUUCCAUAUUUGUGUUCUCCAGGUUGCAAGUUGGGUGAAGCAUCUGAUUUUCUAGUGCGUCAAGGAGUGCUAAUCCAGGUUCCAUCAUCAGAAGUAGGGUGUUAUAAAAUUUGUACUUGUGGCCAAACCGGAACUUUGGAAAACUGUAUGGAGAUACAAUGUGUGGACCUUCAAAAAUCUUGUAUUGUUGGUGGCCAACGAAAAAACCAUGGGACAUCUUUUAAGGUAGACUGCAAUAUGUGUUCUUGUGUAUCGGGCACACUCAAGUGCUCUAAUCGGCCAUGUCUGAAUGAACUCAGCACAGAGGAUGAACGCAGCAUGUUCACAGGAUUACCAUGUAACUGCGCAGAUCAGUUUGUCCCUGUGUGUGGACAGAAUGGCCGCACAUAUCCAAGUGCUUGUAUUGCAAGAUGUGUAGGCCUAUUGGACAACCAGUUUGAAUUUGGACCUUGCUCUUCAAAGGACCCAUGUAAUCCAAACCCAUGUUCUAGGAAUCAAAGAUGCAUAUCAAAACGACAAGUUUGCCUUACCGGCUUUGAGACGUUUGGGUGUGCGCAACAUGAAUGCAUUCCACGGCAGCUUAAGUGCGAACAUUUGAGAGACCCUGCGUGUGACAAUGAAAAUGUCGAACAUAUCAACCUUUGCACUUUGUACCAACGCGGAAAGAAAUUAUCCUACAAGGGUUCCUGCCAGCCUUUUUGCAAAUCUGCACAACCAGUUUGUGGACACAAUGGAGAGACUUACAGCAAUGUGUGUAGUGCCUACUCUGACCGUAUAGCAGUGGAUUACUACGGCCGUUGUCAGGAUGUGGGAAUCUUUUCAGACCACAGACUUCAUACUGAAUGUUCAUCGGUUCAUUGUCCCCAUAAUCCUACAGUUGGUUGUAAACCAGUUACACCCCCUGGUGCAUGUUGUCCAUUAUGUGCUGGUGUCUUAAGGAUUUUAUUUGAUAAAGAAAAAUUAGAUUCUUUUGCCAAGGCAACAAAGAAAGGGCCAAUUACGGUCUUGGACAUCCUACAUAAAAUAAGGCAGCACAUCUCUGUACCCCAGUGUGACGUAUUUGGGUAUUUAAGCAUGGAAUCGGAGAUCAUUGUCCUUGUUGUGCCUGUUGACAAUCAUCCAAAACCAAUACAAAUUGAUGCGUGCAAUAAAGAGGCAGAGAAGUUAAAUUCACUUAUAAAUUCUGACAGCCCAACGCUGUCAUCGCAAGUGCCACUCUCAGCACUUAUAACAUCAGAAGUCUAUGUGUCAUCAACCUUACAUUCAGACUGUAAUAGAAUAGAUGUGACAUUUUGUUAUUUAUGUUUAUGUGUCAUCAUUUCCAUAUUACAUGCAAUCUGCUGUGUAUAGUACAAAGAUAUGCUGCUAUGCCUAAAUCAGUAGAGGAAAAAAUCAAUAAUUUUCCAAGCUUACAAUGCUUUUUAUUUUCUUAAAGGGACAUUGUCAUACAGAUGCAUUUUAACUCAAAUGGUUUUGGAAGGAGCACACAGUGCAUUUUCUGUUUGUUUGUUUUUUUUGUAAUCUAUGACUGGUUUUACCGUAGUGAAGUCUGAAAAUAAAUGACUUCUGGUCUCAGAACUCCAAGCAAGGCUUCUAUUUAUAGGGACAUUAAAAUGCUGGGUACAACAAUAGAAUAGUAACUACUACACGCUGCAUCUAUACUAGACAUCCUUAAAGGGACACUGAACCCAAUUUUAAGCAACUUUCUAAUUUACUCCUACUAUUAAAUGUUCUUCAUUCUCUUGGUAUCUUUAUUUGAAAUACAAGAAUGUAAAUUUAGAUGCCGGCCUAUUUUUGGUGAACAACCUGGGUUGUUCUUGCUGAUUGGUGAAUAAAUUCAUCCACCAAUAAAAAAGUGCUGUCCAGAGGCUGAACCAAAAAAAAGCUUAUAUGCCUUCUUUUUCAAAUAAAGAUAGCAAGAGAACGAAAAAAAAAAUGAUAAUAAGAGUACAUUAGAAAGUUUCUUAAAAUUGCAUGCACUAUCUGAAUCUUUAAAGAAAAAAAUUGGGCUUAGCUCAUAUGCUGGCUGAGCAUCAUGGGAAAUGUAGUUCCAAAACCUCUCAAAGGCCAAGUUUGAGGAUGUCUGAUCUAUACCUUGAGUGCUACCAUAUUGGAACUUAAGUAUUCAAAAACCAUCUGACAGAAACAGUGCACAUUCACAAAUCAGUGAUGUUGCUAUGCUUUUUUAUCAGCUCUAUUGUGCACUUUGAGUUAGAGAGCUUGAAACAGAGUUGAACCUUUUUAAUGUUGCAGUGGAUGCAUUUCUCCAUAUUAUUCAAGUGGCCUUUUUUUAUUUGUCAUGCAACUUUUUAACUGUGUAAAUGCUGCAAAAAUGUAAAUCUGUUUCUCUGUAUUGUGUGUACUAACCUAAAGUUGUGAAAAAUCCAUCAACAUCAUUGAUCUGUAAAUGUUCAUCACUAAAAAAUGGGAAAAGCCAUAGCUGAUGGCAGUUUACAUUUUGUCCUCUUCAGUUGUAAAGUAACCAAACUAUAUUCAGCAAGUAUAAUCAGAUGAGCAUCGGUGAAAGGCUAUUGAGAUCAGGCUAAAGUGGUUUAUUACAGAUCAUUCCAUGUAUUAAGUAUUUCUACAUUUUGAAAGUUUUCAUAAUUAUCACAUAUUAUAUUAUAUUAUAAAAAGAAAAAUAACUGAAUGUAAUAUCUUAUAAAAUAGUAUAUUAGAUAAAUGUUAAUAUGUCCUAUUAUUUCAAAGACUAAGUUGUAUAUACUAGUGCACUGGUUUUCAAAACUGUCCUCAGACCUCCCUAACAGGCCAGAUUUUGAGGAUAUCUGAGCUAGAGUACAGGCAAAAUAAUCAGCUGAUUAGUAAACAUUGUUAUUUUAACUGCUCUCACCCAAGGUAAUCCUGAAAAUCUGACCUGUUGGGCAGGCCUGAUGACAGGUUUGAAAACCAUUGUACUAGUGCAAUAAUAAAAUGAAGUAAUGUUUGAGCAUUUUUUAUUGCAAUAAUGUUUGCCUGUAACUAUGUGUUUAACCCUACAAAGACAUUAAAUUGAUAAUCCAGGUCUGCUCAGGAGCUGCGCUGCUCCUUAGCGAAUGCAACUCAUAUUUACUAAUCCUGAUUGGUUCACUUGCCAUGUGCUGCUCAGGAGCCACAAUGCUUUGCAGUUUCAAAGUGUAAUUUUACUAAACACAUAGGGCUUCAUCUCGCAGCUUCUAAGCCCAAGCGUUUCAGGCUAGCUCACAUGAGCCUGAAACGCUAGUUAAGUAGCAUUGGUCCGCUGCUACUUAAUUUCUUUGUCACCUAAAGUGUGUCGGAUUUCAAUCAUCCUGAUCAGAUCCGAUUGGGAUGCUUGAUUGGCCGUGCACAAGCAGGGGGGUGGCAUUGCACAUGUGCGCAAGGCUGGGCAGACAAGGUUCAUGACAGUGAACCUCGUUUGCCCGCCUGUUUAUAAAUGAAGCCCAUAGUUACAGGCAACCAUUAACGUAUUAAUAAAAUAGUCUCUAACAUCUAACACCUAAUAUGUCCCUUUAACACCAUCUCUGGUAUGGAAAAGUACAUUUUGUUGCACAGUAUGCAUAGUGUGGUCUUUGGUGAGUUUACUAGUUAUGUAAAAUUAUUUGUAGACAUUGUUUUUUUCCUCAUAUGUACAGGUGACAAUAUGCAUGACAAUGUCCCUUUAACCUUUCAAUUAAUACUGACACGGAAAGUAUGCAUUCUUCAUUCUGAAUGAUAUUUGAAGUUAAUACGCCAUCAUACCUUUUCCAGUUAUAAAUUUAGGGGGGAGGUUAAACCAACUGCCUGAAAAUAAAUAAUACAAAGAGGGGUUUCUUGCUUAUUGCUUGGAGCAGUAGCAAAAUACAUUUUCAAUAAGAGCUUUUCUAAUACAUUGGUUGUGUGUAUGGUUAAAGGGACAUGAAACCAAACUUUUUAUUAGAUAGAACAUACAUUUUUAUACAACUUUACAAUUUACUUCCAUUAUCAAGUUUGCUUUAUUCUCUUAUUAAAGGAGGAGCAAUGUAUCACUAAUGCUUUUCAAAAAAGAAUACCAAAAGAACUAAGCAAAUGGGAUAAUAGAAGUAAAUUGGAAGGUUGAUUAAUCAUGAAUGCUCUAUCUCAGAUAUCCUCAAACUUGGCCCUCAAGAGGUUUUGGAACUACAUUUCCUAUGAUGCUCAUGAUAUGAUAUGCUGGCUGAGCAUCAUGGGAAAUGUAGUUCCAAAACCUCUGUAGGUUUUGGAACUACAUUUCCUAUGAUACUCAUGAUAUGAUAUGCUGGCUGAGCAUCAUGGGAAAUGUAGUUCCAAAACCUCUGGAGGGCCAGGUUUGAGGAUGUCUGCUCUAUCUGAAUCAUGAAAGAAAAAUGUGUGUUUCAUGUCCCUUUAAAUACAAAUUUACAUAUCCACAGUAAAGUUGUACCACCCCAGCAUGUACAAAUACCAAUGUUCUUUUAAAAACAUUAUAAGGAUGCCAGAUUGAUUUGAAAGGCACUCUGAAAGUGUUUCACAGAGUUAGGAAAGGAAAGGAGUUUUAUAAUUUCAAAUAUUAUUCAGAGUGUGAAAUCAUUAUUUUUUUCAGUAUCCUUCAAAAUUACCAACAAUUUUGUUGGUGUAUUGCAUGCACUGAUUCAAUGUUUUUAUUGCAAUGGAAAAAAAUAUCUUAUACUUUAUUUAUUUUUAUAUAAAUAGCUCUUAAAAUUACUAUCCAUUUACAAGUAAAAUGUGUUAUUUUUGUUAACAUUUCAGAACUUAAAGGGAGAAGAAAAUCUGAAAUGUUCUUUCAUGAUUCGGAUAGAACAUACAUUUUUAAACAACUUUUCAAAUUACUUCUAUUAUCAAAUUUUCUUCAUGCUCUUGUUAUCCUUUGCUGAAGGAACAGCAUUUACAUUACUGGCAGCUUGCUAAACACAUCUAGUAAGUCAGCCACAAGAGACAAAUGUGUGCAGGAACCAAUCAGCAGCAGCUCCCAGUAGUGUAGGAAAUGGGCAUAUUUUUUUCCAACAAUAGAUACCAAUAGAACAAGGCACAUUUGGAAAAUAGACGAGAAUUUAAAAUUGUAUUAAAAUAAUUUGUUCUAUCUGAAUCAUGCAAGGUUAAUUUUGACUUUCCUUUAAGUUAAAUGGUCAUGUAUAUAAGUGUCAUAUAUUUAACACAGGCAAAGUCUACAUCAAAUGUGAAAUAUAAUUAAUUAAUAUAUGUUAUACCCUAUAAAACUGACUGUUGCAGUUAACAAAUAUUUAAACAAAACUAUUUAUAAGAAACUGACCUUAAAUUUGUUAAAAUUGAAAAAAAUUUUUAGUUUUUUUGUUAAUGAGUUACAUCUGUAUCAAUCUCUUUAAAAAUGCGCAUUGCACACUACAUAAAUUUCAUGACUUUAGUAUUGAGGUUAUCUCCGCCUCCCUCUAAUCAUGGGUGCCGCCAUGUUUAAAUUUAUCUUUCACUACAUUCCAAUUCUGAAGUGUUUGCACAUGUGCAGCAACCCUUCUUCAGAUAUCUGCAGUGUAACCUAGGUUCCAAAAUGGCGGCUCCCAUAAUUCGAGGGCAGUGCAUGAAAUGUAUUAAGUGUUUAAUGUCCCUUAAACAUAUCUAUAUACAUAUUACUGUGUGUGUAUGUGUAUAUGUAUAUAUAUAUGUUAUGUUUAAUAUGUAGUUUUUUAGCCCAGCAAUGCUUUUCACGCAGUAGAACUUUCCUGUAGUAUAUCAGUCUGAUCCUGCCUAUUACGGUCAGUCCAGCGCCGAAAUACCAGGCAAUUCCCCUCCGAGAUAUAUAUAUAUAUAUAUAUAUAUAUAUAUAUAUUAUUAUUAUUUUUAAUUUAAUUUUGGUUUUAUAGUAAUCUUUUACUUAGAAGUUUUUGUUUGUACUAUUGUUUUGUUGAAUUAAUCAAGUGAAACUAUACAAUAGAAAGUCUGCUUUAAUCACUUGAGUGUGUUUAUGGUAACACCAAAUAGUUUUGUUGUUAUGGAGGUAUAAAUAGCUUAGAAUGUAUUGAUUAAAGAGUCAACACAAAUAAUGGGUGUAAUUUGUUUUAUGCAAUCAUACAGGAAAUUAAUAACUGCGUAUUUAAUCCAAAGUAGAAUGUCCGACGCUUUUUUAUCUGUUUUAUUGCAGUGUAUGUACACUAUAAAUUUAUUAUCUACUAGAUUAAAGUAUCAGCACUUAACCAACUUUUUUUUUCCAAUCACAUCUUACAUUUUAAAUUAAUUUGAUAUUUAGCUUUUCAAAUUUAAUUAAAAGAAAGGCCAAUUAACUCUUAAAUAAAAUGUCUUUAGCUUAUUACUCCACCCUUGCAUCUUGGUGAAUUAUAAGUCACACCCUAGUAAAUUUUAUAAAGCAUGUGACAAUCAUAGAGCUCCACUUACUUGAAGCUUAGUCAUUAAAUAUAAAAAAAAAUACCCACAUUUGAUCACAAAACUUUUACACAUUCAGUUAUAAAUAACAUGGUAUUAGUAUCCUGCAUAUAGGAUCUUCCCUACAUCUGCACAAAAAAACAUUAAAGCUUAAAAUACAUUAUCGGACAUUCCUUCAGUGUGCAAUAUGCAUAAUUCAUUUAAUUGUGAGUGUGGCACAUUUAACGUGUAUAGCAAAUAUUUAUAUAUUUACCUUUGCUUCAGGAGUGUACAGCUCCACUGUAUAAGACCAGUAGGUAGCCAGAUUUUAUGUCGCUAUCUAAUAGGCUAGUGUGCAAUGCUGCCCCCUGCUCUUGCGCAAGCUUGGGCUGUCAAUAUCCCUGGUUGGAAAAGUCUGGGGGCAUUGAGAUACGCCACAUACCAGGAGGAGUAGCACUGCUUCAUUUCUCUCGGCUGCAAGUUCACUAAUGUAAGCCUGACGACGUAACUUUUGAUAAAUCUGGCCCUUAAGGGGACACUGUACUAUAAAAUCGGUUCCUCAAUGUAUUUGCAGCUACACUAGUUGCACAGUAUUAACCUCUUCACUACCGGGAGAAGAACUUGCCCAAAGUACCAGAGAAUUUUUCGCAUUUUUGCUAUCACUCCAUUUAAACAGAGAGCCUUGUUUUUUUAUUUACCUAUCAACACUUUAUAAUUUUUUUUAAAUAGACAACCCAAGGUAGUGACCUAGGCCUAUUUUGGUAUAUUUCAUGCCACCAUUUCACCGCCAAAUGCGAUCAUAUGAAAAAACUUGUUACAUUUUUCUCAAACUUUCGGUUUCUCACUGAAAUUAUUUACAUCAUUUGCAAUCAUGGCACUAAUGAUUGUAAAAGCUUCUCUGAAAUCCCCUUUGUUCAGAGAUAACAGGCAGUUAUGGCUUUGGUAAUUAAAAGGCCGCAAAUUGCAGCUGCGCUCCACACUUCUAUUAUUCCCAGCAGUGAAGGUGUUAAUCAGGUACCUUGUAAGGUUAAAUUUAGCUUUAGUGUAGAGAUUACGCUCCCACCCCCUGACCCCUCCCAAACAGCUCUCUUCCCUCACCCUCCACUGGGCACCACCAUCUUAGGUACUGGCAGACUGUCUGGGAGUUAAAGCAAUUUUUUUUUUUUAAUAUAUUUUCUGUAGUGUAGGAUCUCCCCUUACCCUUCAAUCUCCCUGAUCCUUCUAAAACAGCUCUCUAACCCUCCCUCCUCUAACUUGCUGUCUGCCAGUACCUAUAAACCAGUUUUUUAUAUAUAUAUAUUUAUUUAUUUUUUAUUAAUUUUUAAAAACUUUUUUCUGUAGUUUAGUGGUCCCCCCACCUCACCCCUCCAGCAAGGGUUGUCCCACCCCACCUUUUUGUUGUCGCGCAGCUACCAUCCCUCCCUUUCCAUUUAUUAAUUAAUUAUUUUUAUUGUAGGGCCCUCCCUCUACCUCCCCCUCCACUGCUGGACCGCCCACCCACCUCCCGAAUUCCAUCCCACACCUCCCGCCGGCACCAGCAGAUGAUCGUUACAGUCGGUUAUACACACAGUGUCACCUUCUGUAACAAUCUGGUAUCUGCCUACAUAUGGAACUGGAGCGCGGAUAAGCAAAGUACUGCACGACCUAUAUAUACGUUGGAUUGGGUGAAAAGGUUAAAUAUAUGGGUUUAUUUCUGUAUAUGACAUCUUAAAAACAUGUCAGUUAAAAGGGAUUGAGUCUGCAGGAAGAGCAGACCUAUUAUUUUAUCUCUGUCUUUAAAUACAAUAGUCUCCUUAUGUUAUGCCCCUCUGUAUAGACAAUGGCCAAUACUUAGGUACUAAUAUGUGUACUAUUAUUUAUGUUUUCAGUAUAGGUGGUAGUUCCAACAAGAAAUAAAUAGCUAUUUCAAAAUUUAAAUAAAGGUCACGAACAUAUUUUAAACAAUUUAAUAAAAUUGGGAACACAUUAAAGGGUAGGACAAUUUACAGUACAGUGUCCCUUUAAAUUAGACAUCCUCAAACUUGGCCCUCCAGAGGUUUUUGGAACUACAUUUCCCAUGAUGCUCAGCCAGCAUAUCUGUAGUUCCAAAACCUCUGGAGGGCCAAGUUUAAAGGGACACUGAACCCAAAUUUUUUUCUUUCGUAAAUCAGAUAGAGCAUGCAAUUUUAAGCAACUUUGUAAUUUACUCCUAUUAUCAAAUUUUCUUCCUUCUCUUAGUAUCUUUAUUUGAAAUGCAAGAAUGUAAGUUUAGAUGCCGGCCCAUUUUUGGUCAAUAACCUGAGUUAUUCUUGCUGAUUGGUGGAUAAAUUCAUCCACCAAUAAAAAAGUGCUGUCCAGAGUUCUGAAACAAAAAAGAAGCUUAGAUGCCGUCUUUUUCAAAUAAAGAUAGCAAGUGAGCGAAGAAAAUUGAUAAUAGGAGUAAAUUAGAAAGCUUAAAAUUGCAUGCUCUAUCUGAAUCACGAAAGGAAAAAUUGGGUUCAGUGUCCCUUUAAGGAUGUCUGCUUUAAAUGGUGAAUUUCUUAGAACCUUGGUGCUGCUGGUCCUUGAGAGCUAUAGCUUUGCAUACCUUGGGUCUUUUUUUUUUUUUUUUUUUUUUUUUAAGAUUUUGCCACCAAAAUUGCUGCUACAAAUUUCAAUAUUCAAUCAUAAAUAGUCUACAUUUUUUUUCAACUUUUCAAUAUGGGGCCUUACACAUAUACCAAAAACUGAACAUUAUUUUGUUUGCUUUGUAAAUAGAACAUUAUAUUAUUAGAAUAUGCAAUAAUGUAAUCAAGUGACAAUCAUUUGCUAUGUAAAUUGUUUAUAAAUGUGUAUAUACACUGUAUUUUUUUACAGUUUUGUACAAUAUGAUUGUUAUAUAUAUAUUUAAUGUAUGAAAUAUAUGGUUUUGCUUUUUUGUACCAUUAAUGUAUUCUGUUUUUGAACAUAUUAAACAGCUUUAUAUGCAUUUUAUGUGUUGUUCUAGUGAUUAGUGGUCUUUUUUAUUAUAAAGUAUGUAUAUUAUUGGCUUUGCACAUGGAUUUAAGCCUACAUGCAGUAUUUUAUUUCAGUAUUAGAAUAUUGUCUCUGUUUAUAUUCAUAAUAGUUCCAAAAAUAAGUUCUGGAAAAUGUUAUUUUAAUGAACUUGCAUGAAGUAAUUUUUUUUUGUAUUUUAAUAAAAUUGUUUUUUCUCUCAGUCC